UGAGACUGGUUUCAUAUGUCGACAGAAUAACGCACACAGGAGCAGGGAAAGAGAGAGAGAGAGAGGAAGACAGAAGGAGAGGAGAGAAGAGAAGGAGGGGGUUAAGUUCACAAAUUCAAGGAAUUGCAGUUUGAUGGCGUUGUCGGAAGUUUCAAAGAAUGGGGAAAAGAACUAGCCCGCGGGGGAUCAUAAAGGCGAAAUUGAUGACAAAGUGAUGCACCCAAUAUACAUUCAAGGAUUCAAUUAAUGUUGGAAUGACGAGUAUAAAGAACUUUGAUGACGCGGUUUGAAUGUAGUUGAAGAAGAAGCUGAGGUUGCAUAUUUUGGAUUCGCGUUUCCAGUGGAAAUCGGGACGAAGGAAAAAAUGUGGCAGACAGAUACAGAAGGAACGAUGUGAGCUGAGACGAGCAGUGACUUUUAUAAUGUGUAUAAUAUUUCAAUCACUUUUGGUUUUGCGCAUUGUCUUUUUUUAACGUUUCUUUUUCAAGAGCGGGUCGAACGGAGGAAAACUUUUGUUUAUUCCAGAAUGGGCAUGGACUUUUAUCGAAAUGUCAGCGGUAGUUUGCCGUUAGUUUUCUGGUAACCUAUUUGAAUACAGUCUUAAAGAAGAUACUCUGUAGCCGACCUCUUCUCACAAAAAUGUCUGAUUUUAAGAGAGAUGCAGCGAGCCGUUAUUGGACGCAACAAUGAGGCCAACUUCAAUGAGGCCUUACUGUAUUUUUAUUGCAACAAUUGCCAUAAUCGGUAUCCUUGUGGAUUGCAACCUAAAUUUAUUUUCAUUGUAUUUUGCCGUGAAAUAAAUCAAUAAUAUGUUGACAUCGGUUAGAGUUAAGACAAAUAAAAUCAAUAUCUAUUUGAUGGCUUUUUUCCGUUGUUGGUAAAGAUUUUGAUCGGGUUUCCACUCGUACUGUACAGCUCACCCAGGAGGACUGCAUUUUGGUGGAUGAAAGAUUGGAGACCCAUUCUACUGGGGGUCUGGCACGGGACAACGACUCGAAUCAACGCACCAGUCCCGGGGACAGGCUGCUCGCUCGAGCGCCCGGUGGUCGCCCUACAUGACACCCUGCACUCAGAAGAUCCGGAUUUUUAAGGAUUUAACUCAAUAACCCUGGAAUCUAAUCUGAUUUACUUUUUUUUGUGAGAUAACCUGCAUCGUAUCCUGUGUAGGCUAUGCUAUGCCUGUGUAAACUGUGACCAGGCAGGUAUGCAGUUGAACCGGCCGAAGAGCGCUUUAGUGACGAGCUUCAGCCCGCCGAUGGUCCCGGAGACAGCAGCCAGUAGGAGUACCAGCACGGUUUCCUUCUCCAGACAGUUCAAAACAAUGCGCUUCUCCUACCACAUCAGCAGCGGCAUGCCAAGUCCACAGCCACCGCUGCGCGGGAUACGCCCGUCCUCUUCCAGUCCUCGGCUGAUGACUAAGAGCCUGUCUCUGGAUCCUGGUGCUCACGGUGCCUGCCUCGGGGCCCAUGCCGAUGACUCAGACACCCAGACCCCUCGCCUCAGCUCAGACCCCGGAUCCCUAACCUCCGGAUCCCUUGGUCUGCACCCAUCCAUGCCCCUGCUGUACCCAGCUGGACACGGCUGUAACGGAGGAGACAACAGGAGUGGAACCCCUCAGGAAGUGCCCUCCACCGCCCUCAAGAGACGCCCUCCUCUACCUGGGCCUAAACCACAAGUGCCCCCAAAGCCUCCUCACCUGCAGCAGAGUGCUGGUGCUCCUAGGCCCUGCCCCCGCGUCCCGGACAAGCCCGUCCCACCUCCCCCACCCUGCAGACCUCUACCUGCAGACCCCAGAGGGGGAGGACCCUGCCGACCGCCGACACUCCCCCGCGCCGAGGGACGCUCCUCCCCCACCGCCUGUGUGCUCUCCCUCAUUGAGAAGUUUGAGAGGGAGCAGAUCAUUGUGGUGCCUGAUAUCAUGGGAGGGGGUCUCUGCAACCCCAGGAUCCCUGAGACAGGACCAGGUGGGGGCCCCUUCUCUCCCCCAGUCUCAGAGCUCACUCUCGGCUGUCUCCACGUGGCCUGCCCUCCUGGUUCCUCUCAAGAGCUGGAUGACCUACCUCAGGGGCUGGCUGUGUUGGCUGGCGUGGUCCUGGGAGAGAAAGCAGGAGAGACAGACAACAUGGAGGAGGAUAAUGAUAAAGAACACGAACUAGGAGCGUUGUGCUCUGCCUCUGACAAGCGCCUGUCCAUGGAGUCCGGUUAUAGCGCCUCAGAGAAACUCACAGACGCCGUGGAGAUAAGGGGGCAGGCGGAGCCGGAAAGCCAAUCAGGGAUCCCCUCUGACAACUUGUCCCUCCUCCAGCCGCAAGCGGACGGCAAACUGGCCAAUCGAGACUCUGGCAUCGACAGCAUCAGCUCUCCGUCCCACAGUGAGGAGCUGUGUUUCGCCGGCGACGAGGACCGGGUCAUCUUCCCCUGUAGUCCCGCCCUCACGCUGCCACGCCUCUCUAGCUCCUCCUCCUGCAGCUAUGCGGAGGGCCCGGGGGGAGAGGGGGCAUCGGCUGAGGGUGGGGGGGAUUCGGAGGGGGACAGUGACUUGGAGGAGGGAAGCGGGGAUGAGACCAUUGAGCUCAUCAACCCCAUGAUGGAUCUCCAACCUCUGGCACUGGCCCUCCCUAAAACAGACAGACAGGACUCUACAGAGCUGUCGGUGCAGCAGCGUGUGUUCAACAUAGCCAAUGAGCUCCUCCACACAGAGAAGGCCUACGUGUCUCGGCUGUACCUCCUGGACCAGGUGUUCUGCUCCUCCCUCCUAGAGGAGGCGCGCUCCCGCUCCUCCUUCCCUCUCGACGUUGUCAUGGGUAUCUUCUCCAACAUCUGCUCUAUAUACUGUUUCCACCAGCAGUUCCUGCUCCCCGCCCUGGAGAAACGCAUGGCGGAGUGGGAUGUGAACCCGCGCAUCGGGGACAUCCUGCAGAAGCUAGCCCCCUUCCUGAAGAUGUAUGGAGAGUACGUGAAGAACUUUGACCGGGCCAUGGAGCUGGUCAACACCUGGAUGGAGAGGUCGUCCCAGUUCAAAGCCAUCGUCCACCACAUCCAGAGAGAGGAGCGCUGUGGUAACCUGACCCUACAGCACCACAUGUUGGAGCCGGUUCAGAGGAUCCCUCGCUACGAGCUGCUUCUGAAAGACUACCUGCACCGUCUCCCUGGCGACCAUGAUGACUUUAAGGAUGCACAGAAAUCUCUGGAGUUGAUCGCCACAGCGGCCGAGCACUCCAACACAGCCAUCAGAAAGAUGGAGCGUAUGCGUAAACUGCUGAAGGUGUAUGAGUUGCUGGGAGGAGAGGAGGACAUUGUUAACCCGACCAACGAACUCAUCAAGGAGGGACACAUCCUCAAACUGUCGGCUAAGAACGGCACCUCACAGGACAGAUACCUCAUCCUGUUCAAUGAUAGGUUAUUGUACUGCGUCCCUAAACUGAGGUUGAUUGGUCAGAAGUUUGGGGUGAGAGCCAGGAUUGAUGUGGAUGGGAUGGAGCUGAAGGAGAGCAGCAGUGUUAACGUUCCCAGGACCUUCCUGGUGUCUGGGAAACAGCGAUCACUAGAGCUCCAGGCCAGGACUGAAGAAGAGAAGAGAGAUUGGAUCCAAGCUAUCCAGGCCACUAUCCAAAGACAUGAACAGACGCUUGCCACGUGCCACCAUCUCAACUGUUCUCUCCGAGAUGAGGACUACACUCCUCCCAACUCACCUAACUGUAAUGAGCUGGGGAAGCGUGCCCCCACUCCGAUCCGUGAGAAGGAGGUGACUUUGUGUAUGAAGUGCCAGGAGCCGUUUAACUCCAUCACCAAGAGACGCCACCACUGCAAGGCCUGUGGACACGUGGUGUGUGGAAAGUGUUCAGAGUUCAGGGCCCGUCUGCUCUACGACAACAACAGGGCUAACAGGGUGUGCAUCGACUGCUACACAACCCUAGUGGGGGUUCCCCCCUCCCCCGCCAGUCUGACAAGCAGCGCAUACAGAAGACGGUCAAUAUUAGAGAAACAGGCGUCGGUGGCAGCAGAGAACAGUGUGAUGUGUAGCUUCCUCCACCACAUGGAGAAGGGAGCAGGCAGAGGCUGGCAGAAAGCCUGGUUUGUCAUCCCAGAGAAUGAACCACUGGUGCUGUACAUAUACGGUGCUCCUCAGGAUGUGAAAGCCCAGCGCUCUGUCCCUCUGAUUGGCUUCGAGGUCUCCCUUCCUGAGUCAUGUGACCGCUUGGAACGCCGCUUUGCCUUCAAAAUCAGCCAGUCACACCUUACACUCUACUUCAGCGCCGACGGGGAGGAGCUACAGCGCCGCUGGACAGAGGUCCUAUCACGUGCAGGGAGAGGGGAGGAGCUACAGGCGCACGGUUCAAUCAUAGAGACCCUAGAGGAGGAAGGGGAGGAGACUGCAACCUCGGGAGAAAAUACGUGAUUGGUUAGAAGGCGUAAAAUCAGUAUUAGAUCAUCUGCUGUAUACACAUAAAAACUACAAACUACAAACUACAAACUGUACAGAUCAUGAGCAGCACAUACGCACAGUCUAAAUCUUACAAACACACACACACACACACACAGAUUUACAGACACAGACACACACCUCUCUGUAUUUAAUGUCAGUGAUCAGUCAGUUGCAUGAUAAUCUGCAGGUCCGUUUCUUUCAGUCAGUGUAUUGCUCAUCGUCUCAUUAGUGAACCAGUGUUUGCAAUAACGAAACAAUGCCAGUCGAAGUAAAGUGUUGCUCCCCUCCUCCCUUCAGAAGAAAUACAUUACAUGAAGAUUAGUGUGUCAUAGUGAUUUCACAUCCUUUCAUUCUGAGCACAGAACAGACAUCCUCCUCCGUACCAUUUUCUUCUGCCAAAAUCCAUGUUGAUGAUGUCAUGUUUAGAACAUUGAGUGGUUACUAUGCUGUCUGAGUGUUCUAGGGUUCUGAGUGUCCUAGAGUUCUAUGGUUCUGAGUGUUCUAUGGUUCUGAACGUGUGUAACUCUCCACAGAAGGAAGUAGAAAGCUGAUUAUACCCUACAGCUGUGUUUCGGUGUCUGUUCCUCCAUGUGAAAUGGCUGUUGUUUGGAUGGUGAUGGUGAUUGUAAUUCUAUCCUAUCUGUUACUUUUCUUCCUAAUGCAAUGAGAUGAUUCCUGAAGGGCUGGACAGUGUUGGAAUAUAAUGAUGGACUGACGGCUAACUGACCCCUGGACGGACGGACGGACAGAGACUGUCCCUGAAUCCCUGACCCUUUGGGGCGGCAGGGUAGCCUAGUGGUUAGAGCAUUGGACUAGCAACCAGAAGGUUGCAAAUUCAAACCCCCAAGCUGACAAGGUACAAAUCUGUCACUCUGCCCCUGAACAGGCAGUCAACCCACCAUUCCCAGGCCACCAUUGAAAAUAAGAAUUUGUUCUUAACUGACUUGCCUGGUUAAAUAAAGGUAAAAUUAAAACAAUUUGGCUGAAGAGAAGAGGAAACGAUAUGGCUGCCUGCUACAACCGCUCACUCCUGGGGAUGCUAAGCUACAGAUGGAGGAUCAUAAUAUGAGACAGUUUGCUACAGCUGGAAUCCUGCAGCAACAGGAAAUGUGAAUUAAUAUGUGGAUUAUAAUAAAUGAACCUUUUUUUUUAGUAGGGGUUGAUAAUGAAAAUUGUUACGCCAAAUCAAGUCUGAAAUUUUAAAGUGUACAAACAAACAAACCUUAGAAGCGUUUUUUAAACCUUGAAUAUACUACAAGUUUGCACAAAAGAGUGAUCAAAUGAAGAUCCACCAUCUGUAUAGCCUUUCACGUCUACUCUGGGGGGAUGUAUUACAGUCUUACAGUCACCAAGUGGUAUCCUUCCUCCUCAAGCACUCUCUCUUGUCGGGUUCGGCUGUAUAGAAUUUAGAAUAUAGAAUUCCCCAAUUUGAAACUGUCCCUUUUUAUGGAAAAUUGUUUGCUUAGUUCUUGUACGGGGCAAGUUGUUUUGUACGUAGAGCGUGGAAAGAAGAUGCUGUUACAUUACCACAGGUAACGACUAUUAAAAGAAGAUUAAAAUAUAUAUAUAUAUAUUAUUUUUAGAGGUUUGACUCCAAUUGAAAAAGUUACGUUUCUGGCCCAUUUCUCACUUUUUACAAUUAGACACAGUGUUUCCUAACCGUAAAGAAAAAAAAAAAUCCCCCCCGUCUAUAACUGAAUGCAUUCUUUAUUAAAAAGCAUGUAUUUAAUUCCUGACUUGCAGAAUUUUUCUGACUCCCUAAUACUGAAAGCUUUAAAAAAAAAAAAAGUGUGUUGCAACACACCCCUCUGCCACCUAGUGGAGACAGACAGUAUUACACUAAGAGCGGCUGCAAAAAGCAGGGAAUUAAUUAUCGCUGGUUUGUCUCUGGAAGAGACGGGGUGAGGAGGUAUAGAAAGACUGAUGAAAUACACUGUCCAUAAAAUCAAUUCUCUUUCUAAAACAUGGAGCUUCUCGUGUCAGAGAUGUAUUUAUAAUAUUGUACUAAUGAAGCCCUUAUUAGAGACAUUGACAACGUCUUCCCAAUCUCCACCGAUCUGUUAAGGCUACGGUACUUUGGGAUGUGGUUGUGCUGUUGAGUGAGAAAGCAUGUUGUGUUGACAGAUUUACAAUAGAGAGAGAGAGCGUGAGAGACAGAGAGAGAGAGUGAGAGAGAGUGUGAGAGAGAGCAUGAGAGAGAGAAGGAGAAAGACAGAGAGAGAGAGAGAGAGAGAGCGUGAGAGAGACAGAGAGAGAGAGUGAGAGAGAGCGUGAGAGAGAGAAGGAGAAAGACAGAGAGAGAGAGAGUGUGAGAGAGAGAGAGUGAGAGAGAGAGAGAGAGUGAGAGAGCGUGAGAGAGAGAGAGCGUGAGAGAGAGAGAGAGAGAGAGAGAGAGAGAGCGUGAGAGAGAGAGAGAGAAAGACAGAGAGAGAGAGAGAGACAGAGCGAGAGAGAGAGACAGAGAGAGAGAGAGAGAGAGAGAGAGGCGGGGAAGGGGGAGACUAACAGAUUUCAGAAAUGGCUCCUGUUUGUAUCAUUCUAACCAGUGGUAUCGGACUUCAUGAGAGUGUUUUACUAGUUAAUACAGAGAAUGAUACAGUAUAUAUGAAACAACAGCAAAAAUAGAGUUGAAUAUUUUAGAUGUUUUAAUGAAUCUGGGUUGUUUAUGUAUGUUUGAAAAUUGUUUGUUUUUUUACAUGCAUUUGCAUUGUAAAUAUAAUUUAUUCUCCUCUUGGCCCAGUUUUGUGGGUGAGGUGUAAGUCUACAUGUGUCAUUGCUGUCAUGUUGGUGCUGUCUAGAUUGGACUUCAAAUUAUCGUGUUUGAACUACUUUUGGAAAUCCCAGAACUUCUCAAUGACCACUAACUACAGUGUUAGUCUGAAGAUGAUGCUGUUAAUUAACAUAACGUAAAGGGAAUAGAUACUAGCCUGGUACCAGGUCUAUUUGUGCUGUCUUGCCAACUCAUCCAUAAAAACAUCCAUUGGAGUUGGCAAGACAGCACCAACAGAUCUGGGACCAGGCUAAACUGAAACGAUGGCUUUGUUUUUACCCCUAAACUAGUAACUCAACGUGGUGAUUGGUCGAUCGAUGAAUUCCAAAGGUAUAUAUAUAUUGUUUAAACACAGCUGAACAAUUGUUUUGGAUUGAUAUUGUUUUGUUAUUGUUGCUCUUUGUUGUCUGAGAGAAACAUUCAGUAGCUUAGCUACAGUAUAAUAACGCCAGAUAGACAAGACCAGAUAUACGGUGCCGUUUGUAAAUAUUGACAUUCCAGUGUGUGCUUGACUUGCCAUCCAUCCAGCCUCCACUGUACCUAACCUGGUCCCAGAUCUGUUUGUGCUGUUUAACCCAACUCUGUGACUACUCUUGAGUUAGCAGCACAAACAGGUCUGAGACCAGGCCCGCCCACUUCAUGUGCCAAGAACACAGAUUCAAAGUGUUGGUUUAAAUCUGAAUACCUAUACAUUAGGUUACUUUGAUCCCCACGUCCCCUCUAUGAAAGAGCGUUCAUGUUGAAUUAUAGCAGUGCCAGACCUACUUUUAUCUAUCUGCGCUAUAGAGUGUUGAUGAGUGUCAGUCUUGUCUACAAACAGCGCAGAAAACAGGAACACGACUGUCUGCGCACAUAACAAUACUGUCGAUAAAGUUUAUAUGAAUUAGUUUGCUGGAACAGCUACUUCCUGUCUCGUUACAUUACCAUGGUAACAGCUACAACAUGCCUUACAGUACAGUCUCAUAGCUUCUUAGACAUAAUCCGUCAACACCGCUUUAUGUUACCUCUGCUUUUGUCAAUGUACACUUAGGGAUACCACGAUACGAUUGAGGCUCUCAGUGUAACGGAUGUGAAACGGCUAGCUUAGUUAGCGGUGGUGCGGCGCUAAAUAGCAUUUCAAUCGCUGACGUCACUUGCUCUGAGACCUUGAAGUAGUGGUUCCCCCUUGGAUUUUUGUUUGUGUACCAAAAAUACCUGUGCUGUUUUUUGUGUGUUUUUUUUUACAAUUUAGCUCCCUUCCCAGCUUUUCCACAACAUUCCCAUUGGAAUACACUACAGUACGUUUUAUUUAUACGGAUUAAUUUCCCAAGACUUCCAAACCUAUUGUUGAACUGUAUUGUAAGACAUGAUUCUGUUUGUUACAAUGUAAAAGUCUAGAGGACUAGAGGUACUCACGCGUUCAAGGACAACUGCUGUGUGCCUUGUGUGAAGAUCAGGAAUCUGCAAUGUUUGGGGAAUUUUAACAACUAUCUUUACUACAAUAUACAAACUUUAAAAAAAAGGUCUUUCAUUGACAUCUACAUGAACUUGUUUGAACAUUCUGUGAAAUAAUAAUGAGACAUACAAACAUGCUACACACAUUACAUGUUACUGUAACUAUGGGUGUUACUGUAACUAUGGAUGUUACUGUAACUAUGGGUGUUACUGUAACUAUGGGUGUUACUGUAACUAUGGAUGUUACUGUAACUAUGGGUGUUACUGUAACUAUGGAUGUUACUGUAACUAUGGAUGUUACUGUAACUAUGGGUGUUACUGUAACUAUGGAUGUUACUGUAACUAUGGGUGUUACUGUAACUAUGGAUGUUACUGUAACUAUGGAUGUUGCUGUAACUAUGGAUGUUACUGUAACUAUGGAUGUUACUGUAACUAUGGGUGUUACUGUAACUAUGGGUGUUACCGUAACUAUGGGGGAAGUGUAUACAGUACACACAUGUUACAUGUUAAUCUUGAAGUGCUUUGAAAUUCUAUAAAAUGUAAUAAAUUA